AUGACUAUAGCUGAAUACGCUAGUAAGUUUGAGGAACUUUGUAAGUUCUCGAGAAUAAGUCAGUGUGCUCCUGAGUCUUAUGAGGGAUGGAAAUGCAUCAAAUACAAAGUAGGGCUGAGGGAAGAUAUCAGGUGUGUUAUGGCUCCUAUGGAGAUUCGGAUUUUCUCCGACCUGGCGAACAAGGCAAGAGUGGUUGAGGAAUACGCAAAGACGGUAGCCUCGUUAAGGGACACUCAUGGUGGAAAUACUAGUAGGGAACGCGAUGAUUACCUUGGACCAAGGGGACAGGACUUCAAGAAAUAUGGUGAAGGGAAGCGGUCAAGAGCUUACUCCCCUGAUGUGAAGUGUCAGGAGUGUGGGAACUAG